AAGUUCUCUAUUCCGGUCCUAGGGAGAAAGCUUCACUGAACACAGUGGGGUAUAAACUGCCGCGUAAAUAUACCACCGAUUGCAGAUCUUUUCUUCAGAUCGUUUUGGAUUUUAUCGUAUCAGAACUCCACUCCUACGUUUCUCGGUCGGCUAGAGCUGGGGAGUAACGGGAAGCUCCCCCCGCGACUACUCCAAGGAAGACUUCUCGAGCUGAUUGGAGCUGGGGCUGUUCCGGGGCUUCCUCGCGUCGUGCAGUGAUCACUUCCUGCUCCGCCCCUUUACUCGGCUCGCCGCUUUGCCGGAGUUUGAGAGAAUGAGUUUCCGGGCGGCUCUGGUGACGCUGCCCGCCUCUUUCAAACCCGAAGCCUGCGGCUGCGAUUGGAAAGGCGCAACAAAGUCAUCGCCUUAAAAACACCCGCCGUCUGCGGCAGCCAGAAACGUCAGGAAGAUGUCGGCUCUGCCCAGAAGGCCUAGAAGAGCACCAAAACCAGAGAUUCCAGAAGAUGAACUGCCUUCUUUCCUUAAAUCAUCUUCAGAAUCGGAAGAGGAAAAGCAAGAAGAUGAAUGGGAGCCCAAAAAGAAAGUUGCACGCAAGGCCCGGGUGCCCAGAAUGAAAGUGGCGAGAGCAAAAAAACCCACUGUAGCACCGAAGAAGCCAGCUGUGCCUCGGAAAAGGACCAAGAAGGUGGCAGUAAAAGAGGAACUGGAUACUUCUGUGCCUAUUGCUGCUUCUGGAGGGAAUGAAGGAGAACUGAAGCUAUGGCAGCCGAAGGAAGAGGAAGACGCCGAGCCGAGAUCGCUAGCCAAAAAGCCCCUGAUAAAAACCCUUGGCAUCAUUCAAGGGCGUCCGACCCAUGGCAUGGAAAAUGCCGAAGGACCCUCCACAAGUUCUGCUGCAUCAAAGCCAAAUGUGAAGUCCGAAGAGCCUGGAGAAGAUUUUACAUUUGAUGAACCUCCUUUAAAAAAAUUAAAAUCAGCCAUGUGUCCUCAGGGGAAGCCUGUAAAACUUGCAGGGAGUGCCAAAUUGGAUGAAGACCAUAAAAUGAGCUGGGACAUUGUGCAGGUCUUGUCACAAAGGACAGGUAUUGAAGAAUGGGUGUGUGCGAACAUAAUCCAGCUCUUUAACGAUGACAAUACUAUUCCUUUCAUUGCCCGGUAUCGAAAAGAGCUUAUAAACAACAUGGAAGCUGAUGCGUUGCGUGAGGUUCAGCAAACGCUGGAGGAACUACAAACUGUAGCAAAAAAGGUUCAUGGUUCAAUCCAGAAGCUUAAGAAAGAAGGAAAACUAACAGAAAGCCUUUUAACUGUUUUGUUGAACUGCAAAACCUUGGAGGAGCUGGAUCAUGUGUAUGCACCGUAUAAAACUGGGAGCAAAGGAACAAAGGCACAAAGAGCCAGACAGCUGGGAUUAGACCAGGCUGCCAAUUUGCUCAUUGAGAACCCAAGAGAACUCAACCUCCUUUCUUAUGUAAAGCCCAGUGUUGAAGGACUUUCCACUGUUGAGGAAGUAAAAUCUGGAGUGCAGCACAUCUUGGCUGACAUGAUUGCUAAAGAUAAAGAGACGCUGGAUUUCAUCAGAGAUUUAUGCCAAAGGAAGUACAUUUGUAUUCAGUCAUCUUUGGCAAAAGCGACCUCCAAAAAAGCCAAUGAAAAAGAUGUCAACAAAUUUCAUCUCUACCAGAAUUUUUCUUGCAAUAUAAAGAAUAUUCAGCAUCACCAGAUUCUAGCCAUUAACCGAGGGGAGAAUCUGAAAGUCCUGACAGUGAAGACCAACAUUCCUGAUGGGGUGAAGUUUGAAUUCUCUAGGUGGUGUGUAAAUGUAAGGUGGAGACCAAAGGCCUAUGCGCAUGCAGAAUUAAUGGAGCUCCUGCGUUAUUCAGUAGAAGACUCGUACAAACGCCUUAUUUAUCCCCUCCUCUGUAGAGAAUUCAGGUCAAAAUUAACUUCAGACGCGGAGAAGGAAUCUGUAAUGAUGUUUGGAAGGAACCUCCGCCAGUUGCUUCUUACGAGUCCUGUAAGAGGACGAACCUUAAUGGGAGUUGAUCCCGGCUACAAACAUGGCUGCAAACUAGCAAUCAUUUCACCAACCAGCCAGAUACUCCAUACUGAUGUUGUCUACUUACAUUCUGCCAAAGGAUUCCAUGAAGCUGAGAAGAUACGGAAACUUCUGCUGGAUUACAACUGUGCUACUAUUGUGAUUGGGAAUGGAACGGCCUGUAGAGAAACGGAAGCUUUCUUUGCUGACUUGAUUAUGAAGAAAUACUUUGCGCCUUUGGACAUCAGUUACUGUAUUACUAACGAAGCAGGAGCCUCAAUAUACAGUGUUAGUCCAGAAGCUUCUAAAGAGAUGCCCGAUUUAGAUCCUAAUCUAAGAAGUGCAGUUUCCAUUGCAAGACGUGUACAGGACCCAUUAGCUGAGCUAGUGAAAAUUGAGCCCAAACACAUUGGAGUUGGAAUGUACCAGCAUGACGUAUCUCAGACCUUGCUCAAAGCAACCCUGGACAGCGUGGUGGAGGAAUGCGUCAGCUUUGUAGGAGUUGAUAUUAACAUCUGCUCAGAAAUACUAUUAAGACAUAUUGCAGGACUGAAUGCCAACAGGGCUAAAAAUAUAAUUGAAUGGCGAGAGAAGAACGGACCGUUUGUCAAUCGGGAGCAGCUCAAGGAUGUCAAAGGACUAGGUCCAAAAUCCUUUCAACAAUGUGCUGGCUUUAUCAGGAUUAACCAGGAAUACAUCAGAAUGUUUUGCAGUCAACAGAGUGAGCUUGCAGCUGAGGGUCAUAAAGCAGCCACAAAUGAGAAGCAAGGUAAAAAAAAAACCAAAGCCGCAAUAAACAUCAUUCGACGGCCAAAUCCUUUGGAUCAAACUUGUAUCCACCCAGAAUCGUAUAAUAUUGCAAUGAGGUUUUUAACUCUCAUUGGAGGAAGCCUCAGCGAUACAGGAAAGUCAGACAUGCAGCAAAAAGUGAAUGCAGUAAUUGAAAAAGAAGGGAUGGAAGGUGUAGCAAAAAGACUGAAUACAACAGGGCAAACAUUACAAAUAAUAACUGAUGGAUUAACUCAACCUGAAGGCUUUGACAUCCGAAAAGAUUUUGAUAAACCUGAUUUCAAGAGGAGUAUUGUCUGUCUGGAAGACUUAAAAGUUGGAACUAUUUUGACGGGAAGAGUUGAAAAUGCUACUCUAUUUGGAGUCUUCGUUGACGUCGGUGUUGGUAGAGCAGGAUUGAUUCCAAUUCGGAGCAUAACAGAAGACAAGCUUUCAAAAGCAAAGCAAAGAAGAAGUCUUAGCCUGGGCCCGGGAGAAAAAGUAGAAGUCAGAGUACGUGAAAUUGACAUUCCACGAUCCAGGCUAUCAUUGGACCUUAUACGUGUGUUGUGAGCUCUUUGUUGGCACCUUUCAUUUUAAGGGCUACCAUUUCAUCAUGAUGAGCAGAAUGCACCUGAAACAUGGGGAUCAGAUCAGACUCUCUACAAUUUCUACACUCCUAGGAGUGUGUUGGGCUACCUAGAAGCUCAGAAAAGGGCCAAAAAAUACAGAGACUCUGACUGUAAGAACAAUUCUAUGAACAAUUCUAGGCUUUGUAUCAGGAAUAGGAAACCUGCCCCCACCCCCAAGAUGUUGUUACUUGAACUCUGAUCUGUCUCAGCCAGCAUGGCCAAUGGUCAGAGAUGAAAGGAGUUGUAGUCCAACAAGAUCUUUAGGGCUAUCCCUGAUUUAUUAUGUGGGAGGCUAUGUAUGUGGCCACACUGUAAUUCAUAAAAUUGUGGUGGCCCUUUUCCAAGCCAUUACAAAUUGUGAAAAUCUCACUGAGUGUGUAUGUAACACCUGUGUGGGGCAGCAGUUCCACACAGCCAUGACUAAGAUUCAAACCCACUGGGGGCCUUGGAUCUCCUGGAAGGGGUUAUGGGGGUGGGGGUGGCAGCAAGUGUCUGAACUGAGCGUUAGUUUCUCCAGUGGAGAAACAUCAGUAAAUCCAGCAAUUUAAAAUGGUCAAAUGAUUUUUUAACAAUAGGAAUUCUUAUUUCUAAGGGUUUAUCUACUUUCUUUUUCCUUACUUGUGUGUCUUUACUUAAAGAGAAAGGCAAAAAUGUAAUGUUGGAACAAUUCAACAGAUUUAAGACAUAUAGAAUAUAAAGAGCUCCAGAACAUGGUCAGCAGGUUCCACAUUUUUCACUUGACAAUUCUGACAUUAGGAAAGGUCAUGUCUUUGGCCACCAUGUCCCCAAUUUCCCUGCCCCCUGAGCCAACCUCAUUUUUGUACCCAUUUUCUUAAGACAUGUCAGAGGGAUCCUUCUGCCUAGUUCUCACUUUGGUAUAGCACUUCAAGCUUUCAGGUAUGGCCUCACAUGACAGAAUGCUACUCCACAGGGAUGAGAAACCUAUGGCCCUCCAGAAGUUGUUGGACUCCAACUCCCAUCAUCUCUGACCGUUUACCAUGAUGGCUGGGGAUCGUGGGAGUUGGAGUCCAACAAUGUCUUGUGGGCCAAAUGUUCCCCAUCCCUGCUCUUCCAUAUUUGUUAUUUUAAAAAAAUCUGCCUAUAGAAAAAUGUAUUCUAACCACCUAUCUUUCUCUCUGACAAGCUAGUUUUCUAUGAGGAUUUUGUUUUCUUUUUAUAGAGUAACAUUCAGCUAUAUUAUCCCUUCCCCUGCAUUGUGAACAGAGCUUGGAAAAGUUACUUUUUUAAAACUACAACUCCAAUCAGCCCCAGCCAGCAUGGCCACUGGAUUGGGCUGAUGGGAGUUGUAGUUCAAAAAAGUAACUUUUCCAAGCUCUGAUUGUGAAGUGGUAUAGUCUAGGCACAGGCAUAUCACCUCAUUAAUUACUGUAGGAGGAAUCAAUGAGGUGAUAAACCUGUGCCUUGGCAUACCAUUUCACGCUGUAGCUGAGGGGGAAUUAAGGCUGAAUGUUCUUCCAUUUAAACAAAAUUCCCUCACCUGCAAUGUGAAGUGGUACAGCCCAGACAGAGGUUAUUAGCUACUAGGUAGGUUGCAGUGGUGGCUUCAGCAAAUGACUUUAGCACUUUUUCUGAGUUGAGUAAUAACAUUACUUUUGGAUUCCUGUUACGAAGUAAGGCAAAUUUUAAUAUAAAUGCAUACUCCCAGACUAGGGUUGCCAGGUUCAGGGCCUGAGGCUGAUCCUGUAUCUUUAGCAGAAGAGAAAGUCAGCCAAGUUGCAGGUGUU